AUGGCUAAGACCGUUAGCAAGAAUUGUGACGAGGCGUUGCCAAUUUGUGGCCGUUGUGAACGGUCGGGACGUUUCUGUGACCAUUCAAAGCCCAUCAAAAUCCGCGUACAGAAAAAUGUGGCCAGGCGAAGGAAGAACUCAACGCCAGUGUUAGCCAGCGACCAUGACCCGGAGGUUUCCUUGCAGGAUCCACGGAAAGCAUUACAGGAUGAAGAAAUUGCCGAAUGUUUCGAGCACUACUUGAAGGUCUUGUCGCCCUGGUACGAUCUCAACGACCACGACUCGACCUUCGGUGCAGUGGUUGCAGAGCAAGCCCAGCAGAACCCUUUGCUACUGAGCGCCGUGGUUGCUUUCGCGGCGAUGCAUAAGGCUCGCACUGGUCAUUCCUCGUUCAUGCCGGUAGCGGACCGUUAUCAUAAUCAAUGCUUGCGCUUGCUGAUUGGCCUCCAUGAUUACGACGCCGCCACCAAGGACGGCACAGCGCUGGCGGCGACAUGCUUGCUGCGAUCAUACGAGAUUCUUGCGGAAGAAGAAGAUCCCAAUCGACACCUCUUUGGGGCAUUUAGUCUGAUUCCAGCUCUGACUUUUGAAUUCCCAAGCGAACCCGUUCUCCGAGCAGGGCUUUGGAAUUAUAUGCGUGAGGAUAUCACUUUUUCCUUGGUGAAUGGGUGUCCGUUGAAAAUAGAUAUGGGCAAUGUGGACAUCAAUCCUUCUCGUGACGACGAUUAUGCGAAUCAAGCAACAUUGCUGCUGGCACGCAUCAUCAAUGCCGUUUUCCUUGACCAACAUGCGGUGGUGGAACAACUGCGAGAGGCUCUGGAAAGCUGGAAAUCAUCACUGCCAUUCCGACCUUACCAUCAAUCUGACGGAGUUGUCUUUCCGAAGAUUUGUUUUAUAAGAGAUUGCCAAGGUGCGUUGUCUCCGUUCUGGAGAUCAUCUCUGACAGUUGCAGUGGCCGCCAUGCAUUAUUAUCAUGUCGUGACCAUGGUCCUGAACCGAAGUGACCCGGAUCCAGUCGAGUUGGAGAACCACGCGCGCGCAAUCUGUGGGCUGGCAUUUUCGGCAAAGAGCGACGCUGUCAUGGUGAACGCAUAUGGCCCCAUUUCCUACAAAGUCAGGCGCAGGAUGGCUGAGGAGGGGCGAUGA